GCUCCUCACCACAAGUCUCUUCCUUCUUCCCACGGUCUUCUACGCCAGGUCCUGCCAUGGAGCUGCGCUCUGAGCUGCCUAGCGUGCCCGGCGCAGCGACGGCGGCGGCGACAGCGACGGGGCCGCCCGUGGCGUCUGUGGCGUCGGUGGCAGCGGCGGCGGCUGCGGCCGCGUCGCUACCGGUGAGCGUGGCGGGCGGCUUGCUACGAGCGCCGCCGCUGUUGUUGCGGGCGGCGGAGAAGUACCCGCGGACCCCCAAGUGCGCGCGCUGCCGCAACCACGGCGUGGUGUCGGCGCUCAAGGGCCACAAGCGCUACUGCCGCUGGAAGGACUGCCUGUGCGCCAAGUGCACGCUCAUCGCGGAGCGCCAGCGCGUCAUGGCGGCGCAGGUGGCGCUGCGCAGGCAACAGGCGCAGGAGGAGAACGAGGCGCGCGAGCUACAGCUGCUCUACGGCACUGCCGAGGGCCUAGCGCUGGCCGCCGCCAACGGCAUUAUCCCGCCGCGACCUGCCUACGAGGUCUUCGGCUCCGUGUGCGCCGCCGACGGCGGGGGGCCGGGAGCAGGAGCGCCCGCAGGGACCGGAGGCGGCACUGCGGGCUCGGGGAGCUCAGAGGCCAAGUUGCAGAAGUUUGACCUGUUCCCCAAGACGCUGCUUCAGACCGGCCGCCCAGGCAGCCCGCAGCCGCCACCGGGGAAGCCCUUAUCACCCGACGGCGCAGACUCGGGUCCCGGGACAUCUUCUCCGGAGGUGCGGCCGGGCUCGGGCUCUGAGAACGGCGACGGGGAGUCCUUUUCCGGGUCGCCCCUGGCCCGGGCCUCCAAGGAGGCAGGUGGGAGCUGCCCGGGCAGCGCAGGCCCGGGAGGCGGUGGCGAGGAGGACAGCCCGGGCUCCGCCAGCCCUUUGGGCUCCGAAUCUGGUUCCGAGGCCGACAAAGAAGAGGCAGAGGCCGCUCCCGCCCCAGGGCUGGGCGGGGGCCCGGGUCCACGGCAGCGGACGCCGCUGGACAUCUUGACGCGCGUCUUCCCGGGCCACCGGCGAGGCGUCCUGGAGCUGGUGUUGCAGGGUUGCGGCGGCGACGUGGUGCAGGCCAUCGAGCAGGUGCUGAACCACCACCGCGGGGGUCUGGCGGCCGGCCUUGGCCCCGCCGCGCCUCCUGAUAAGGCCGCGGUGGGUGCGGUAGCAGCUGCGGAAGACGCGUGGCCGGGCCGCGUUGAUGCCGCCGCUGCCGGGGGGCCGGGGCUGCCCGCGCCGCUGCAGGCCGGCCCCGCUGCCCCUCCGCACCAUAGACCUUUGCUGGCCGGCGCCAUGGCGCCUGGGGCGCUGGGCUCGCUGAGCAGCCGCUCGGCCUUCUCGCCACUGCAGCCCAACGCUAGUCACUUCGGCGCCGACGCCGGCGCCUACCCACUGGGCGCGCCGCUCGGCCUCAGCCCCCUGCGCCUGGCCUAUUCGGCGGCAGCGGCGCACAGCCGUGGCCUGGCCUUCAUGGCUCCCUACUCGACCGCGGGUCUAGUACCCACACUCGGCUUCCGCCCGCCCAUGGACUACGCCUUCAGCGACCUCAUGCGCGACCGCUCGGCCGCCGCCGCUGCGGUGCACAAGGAACCCACCUACGGCGGCGGCCUGUACGGGCCUAUGGUCAACGGCGCCCCAGAGAAGCAGUAGGCCGGGGGUCCGGCAUCCGGGCGGCCCCCAAACGGGGACCCCAGCCUUGAUCCCGCGGGCCGCGGGUCCCUCUUCACCCGUUGCGCCUUCUGCGCCCCGGCUCGGGUCCUCUCGCUCAAAGGUGAUUUUCAGUUUUGUUUUGGAAGGGUGGAGAGCUGAGCAAAAGGGAGCAACUACAGAUACAGGUGUUCUCCGAGGGGGUGCGUGGCCCUGACCCUCGUCCUCUAAACCCCUUCUCAAGGCUCUAUCAGCUCUUCGAAAGGCGGGGAAUUCUUGAGAAUUCAGAGGCUGAGGCCGCCACACACGCUCCUGCCUCUCCUUUUGCUGUGCUC